UUGAUUAAAUGACAGACUAAAGAGCUCAUUUGCCAAAACGUUGAGCCACUGGUCGUUCGUAAGCAAAUCCUUAAUUAUGCCGACAUCUUGAACACAAGUGUAUUACAGCAUGGCGGACAAAUGGCUUUCUGUCCUAAUUGCCGUGAGUUUUCUUUGCUUUGUUUCCGCCAACACCCCGGAGAAAUUCAGAACGUGGCUACAAGCCGAACCUUUCAAGUCCUAUAAUAGACGUAUUUUCCCUCGACUUAUUCAGACUGAAAAUGUUACAGUCACCAUCAAGUAUUAUCUCAUCGCCAUUACGGGCUUUGACGAGAUUUCCGGACAGAUGGAUACAGUGGGUUAUAUGAAGGUUAACUGGAAUACCGAGCUCUUGACGUGGAAUUCUACCGACAUCCCUGUCAUCACUUUGCCGCAGGACAAUUUCUGGCUUCCAUCUUUGGUAGUUGCCAACUCCGUGACCUCACUUUUUGAGGUUGGUCAUCCUAGUUACCCGGUGCGAAUUGAGAACAAUGGAGACUGUGAGUGGACAGUAGGAAUUGUGGCAAAGACGGCGUGUGCUGUAGAUGUUUCGUACUAUCCCUUUGACAUACAAACCUGUAAAGUCACCCUGAAUCCAUGGGGAUUCACUGAUAACCAGAUUUACCUGACGUCUAAUCAAGAUUCAAUCGACCUGACGCAUUACAUGGAGAACGUCCAAUGGGAACUUUCCAAUUCUACAAUCGAAACAAAAUCCGUCAGCAGUACGUCUUUCUUACAUUUUACAAUCGUUAUGAAGAGGCGGCCUGGCUACUUUGUUAUCAAUAUCGUAAUCCCUAUUCUAAUUCUCGGGCUUCUCAACGGCAUGGUUUUUAUAUUGCCUGUGGACUCCGGGGAAAGGGUCGGGUUCGCGAUUACAGCUUUCCUUACUUUUGCCGUGUUUCUGACUAUGGUGUCUGCGAACUUACCGCGGGCUGCCGAGCCCAUGUCCCUCCUGUGCUACUUUCUGACGCUGAUGUUGGUUUUGAGUGCCCUGUCCUGUGUUAUUACGAUCAUGACGCUCAGAGUUUAUCACCAAGACGAGGACACAGUUGUCCCGAGGUGGCUCAGACACGUGGUUUCUUUCCUGAAUUUUGAAAAGUUCAAGAAGUGGUGUUGCUCCUCUAAAAAGAGUAAAAACUCGGUCGGUGCCGACGACGACUCCGAUGAUGACGAUUUUGACGAAAACGCACUUCCGGUCAAGAAGGGUUUUGAUGACAAUAAGUCGGAGACAUCUUCUGAGGAAACGAAAGAAGAAGAGGACGACACACUUCAUAUUACGUGGCGGAAAGUUGGGAAGACGCUAGACAUGUUCUUUUUCGGGCUGUUCGUUCUCGGUACCUGUGUUAUUGCUGCAUUCUUCUUGGACCAGUUGUGGAAGCCCACCAUUGUCCUCUCCAACUCAGUGGAAUCUCUCAAGGAGCUCGGAGACAAGAGUUACCGGAUCCGUAUAGAUAACGACGGCAACCACGAGUGGCAGGUGGGAAUUGUAUCAAAGACAGCGUGUUCCAUUGACAUUACCUACUACCCCUUUGACAAACAGUCCUGUAAUAUAACUUUCAAUCCGUGGGGCUAUACCAUAGACCAGAUCGAUUUCAUCACCCCCGACAUGUCUGUAGACUUGACUCACUAUCAAGAAAACGUGGAGUGGACCAUUGGCAGCACAUUGGUUGCUAAAGAAGUGAAAGACAACUCUGUCUAUAUCAACUUUGUUCUGAACCUGGAGAGGAAACCCGGUUACUUUAUAGUCAACAUGAUCAUCCCUAUCCUUAUCCUCAGUCUCCUGAAUGGGCUGGUGUUUCUGCUGCCAGCAGACUCGGGUGAACGCGUCGGAUACGCCAUAACGGCCUUUCUGACGUUUGCUGUCUUCCUUUCAAUGGUCGCUGAUAACCUUCCGAAAGCGUCCGAGCCCAUGUCCAUGCUCUGUUACUUCCUGACCCUGAUGUUGUGUCUGAGCGCUGUGUCCACCAUUGUGACCAUCUUUGUUCUCCGAGUUCAUCACCAGCACGAGGAGUCAGAAGUCCCGAAAUACCUGCGCCACAUCAUUGCAUUCAUCAAAUGUGAUAAAUGCAAAAAGUUGUGCUGUCCCGAAGACACUCUUAAAGAGAUAAAUCCUGAUGAUGAAGAGGAGGAAGAUGAUGACGAUGACGAACUUAAGAACCGGGAUGAUACCCUAUACAUUACGUGGAAAGUGGCUGCUAGGGUUCUGGACUACUUCUUCUUUCUCUUUUUUCUAGGGUCAACAUCGGCUAUCACUUUCUUUUUCCUCAUUCCACUUGCGCUGGCUGCAUGAGAGAGAGAGAGAGAGAGAGAGAGAGAGAGAGAGAGAGAGAGAGAGAGAAAGAGAGAGAGAAUGUUUCAUUGUGUACGACGUGAUUUCAAUAUGUAUUUUUCCGUGAUUUUUAAGUAUAUUUUCACAAAUUCGUAUUUUUUAAAAUAGUGCUUGCUGGUUAUUCUAAAAUAUUCCAGUUAACAUUACUAUUGUUAUUACUGAGCGUCAAGAAUUUUUUUGGAACAUAUUUUUCAUAGAUGAUUUAGUUACAUUUGUCUUAACGAUUAUGAUAUCACGAGUGACAAGCCAGCUGAAACCAAUUGUGUUUCAAAUUACUAAUAAAUUGGCGCAACCACGUUGCAUGCAUUGUUUUAAUUAAGCCGUCGUUUAAAAAAAUGUUAUGAAAAACUAUUGACCCAGUUUAACCGUAAUAAUAUUGUAUAUCUAAUCGCCAAAACAAACGCAUUGUUUUGGAAAUCCUGAUAACGAAACUCACCUACCGGAAAAUGGUGUAUCACGUACUUGGCAGGAUAUCGCCGGCUAAUGACCCGAUGAUUGCGUUUAAGAUAACAUCAAACUGUCGUAUUGUUUUACGCUAGGUCAGAAGAAUAAAUUGAUAUGUAUAUCCUUUA